CCUAGAAACCGUGAUGGUUAAUGACACCGUUUCUAACUACAAUCUCUCAUUUAUAUAUUGAUGCCUAUAGACAUGAGAGCCUAACUCCCCCUUUUGAAUGGUCAACGUCUUUGAUGUUCGUUCUUGCACGUCAUUGUGUCAAUUGAUUAGGACAGUGUGUUCGAUUAUCGUUCCUACAAGUUAUGGCAGUUUCGAUUAUGUUUUGAUUCAAUCCAGCCAUUAAAUUCCCAACAAAAAAAAAAAAAAAAUUAUGCUGGUGAGGCCCUUGCCUUUGAUGGUUUAGUAAAGAGUGGCACAUGCUCAUUACAACGUUGUUGUUUUGUUGUUUGAGAUGAUUAGGAGGAGUUGCAGCAUUUUUCAAAGACCCAGCAAGGACAACACGCUUUCCAUUUCAAACCAUCUUCCCAACCAAAAGACCUUCCUCCUCAUCUUCUUCUCCACUGCAACGCCCUCUGUAAAUUUGGAUAGCAGCCAGGACGACCCAGCAAAAGUAACAGCAACCCAGUUGUCAAAUUGCACCACCUUACGAGAACUGAAUCAAAUUUACGCACAUGUUAUCAGAACCCACAUGCUACGCUUCUACCCGGCCCCAUUUCACUGGAACAAUAUUAUACGAUCCUACGCUCGACGUGAUGCUCCCACCAAGGCUCUCUUUGUCUACGUUGCCAUGUCUCGUGCCGGCGUUUUGCCUGAUUGCUACACCCUCCCCAUUGUUCUAAAAGCCCUCUGUCAGCUAUUUGCUGUCCAUAUCGGCAGGCAGCUUCAUUCCCUUGCCAUCAGGCUCGGCCUCGACACCAACGAGUUCUGCGAGAGUGGGUUUAUAAAUUUAUAUUCCAAGGCAGGAGAAUUUGAAAAUGCACGCAACCUGUUCGACCAAAACCCUGACAGAAAGUUGGGUUCUUGGAAUGCCAUCAUCGGAGGCCUUUCCCAAGGCGGCCGUGCCAAGGAGGCCAUCGACACCUUCAUCCAGCUCAGGAAGUGUGGAUUCUUGCCUGAUGAUGUGACCAUGGUGAGUGUCACUUCUUCUUGCGGAAUUUUGAGUGACUUAGGCUUGGCUUUUCAGUUGCAUAAAUGCGUUUACCAAGCAGCAAAAAACGUCGAUAAAUUGAAAUUGAAUACCUCCUUGAUGAUGUUGAAUUCGCUUAUAGACAUGUAUGGGAAAUGCGGGAGAAUGGACUUGGCUUACAGGGUGUUUUCAAGGAUGGAGCAACCGAAUGUUUCAUCAUGGACGUCUAUGAUCGUGGGUUAUGCAAUGCACGGGCAUGUGAAUGAAGCGCUUGAAUGCUUUCGGUGCAUGAGAGAGGCAGGAGUGAGACCAAAUCAUGUGACCUUUGUUGGGGUACUCAGUGCAUGUGUUCAUGGCGGGAAUGUGCGAGACGGAAGAUUUUACUUCGACAUGAUGAAAAAUACAUAUGGGAUAAAGCCCCACUUGCAACAUUACGGAUGCAUGGUGGAUCUUCUUGGCAGAGUAGGAUUGCUUGAGGAAGCGAGAAAGAUGGUUGAGGAGGAGAUGCCAGUGAAGGCAAACUCGGUCGUCUGGGGGUGCCUGAUGGGUGCCUGUGAGAAACAUGGGAAUGUGAAGAUGGGGGAGUGGGUGGCUGAGCAUUUGCAAGAAUUAGAGCCUUGGAAUGAUGGGGCAUACGUAGUUUUGUCUAAUAUAUAUGCCAGUAGAGGUUUAUGGAAAGAGGUUGAGCGGGUACGAUUGAUUAUGCAUCGGAGAAAACUCGCCAAGGUUCCCGGUUAUAGCAUGUCAACAAGUGCAGAUUGAGCGACAUUCAUGUAUCACAAAUGUGCCUGGAAUUUAACAAGAAUGAGCUAAUAAAACAGUUGACAUUAUUUC